GCCGGGACACCCACACCCCUUCUCCAUCCCCGCUUCCCACGCUGAUCCCGGCGACGGAUCUGGCUGCCGGGGGAUGCCCAAUCUGAACAGCUCUUUGUCUGCUCUAGCGCUUCGGGAGCAAAGGGCGCACUGGGAGCGCGGUGCGAGGGCGGCCAAGGCGGGCGGGGCUCCUGGGGGAUUAAACCUGAUGGGCCCUGAGUGGGAGAAACAAGUCGAGACACUCUCGCAGCCCUGCAAUCCUUCUUUAGGAAGAAGUUCUUGACAGAGUCUCAGAGCGACUGGGCAUUGGAAUGGGCUCCCCAGGGAGGUGGUGGAGUCAUCGUCCCUGGAGGUGUUUAGGAAAAGGCUGGAUGUGGCACUCAGCGCCAUGGUCUAGUAGACAAGGUGUUAAGUAAAAGGUUGGACUCGAUGAUCUCAGAGGUCUUUUCUAACCUUGAUUCUGUGAUCCUGGCUGAAAUUCUGCUGAGGGAAGCGCAAGUGGGAGCCUUUCAGUUUAAACUGCCUGCUGAGGUGCAACGACCGGAUGCGCUCACAUCCCGGCAUCCGAGCCUGCCGCCUGUGUGCCGGGAACUGGCGAGUCAGGAGCGGAGCCUCCAUGUAGCCGGGAGCCGCUUGUACUCGGUGACAACAUUACCACAACCCCUGGCCUCCGCUUGCGUUCCAGGCGUGUCAACCACAUCCAUGGAGAUCUUUGAUAUCCAUGGGAGCAUCUGUAGGAGCCAUAACAAAACAGGCCCUGUUCCCUCCUCUCGUGCCUGCAGGGCGACCUUUCCGUGUGUCCAAUGCCUCCCGAAGCAGGAGGAAAGGAAUUGUUGCAAGCAGUCUGCAAGAGCUCAUCAGCAAGACUUUAGAUUCCUUCUUUAUAUCUGCUAGAAAAAUUACUCUGGUUUUAGAGGAAGAUGGCACAGUUGUGGACACAGAAGAGUUUUUCAAGUCCCUGGAUGAUAAUACACACUUCAUAGUUCUAGAAAAAGGACAGAAAUGGGCACCAACAAGAAAUGGAGUAGCUAACAUCACAUUUGAUCUGUACAAGCUGAACCCUAAGGAUUUUAUUGGCUGCUUAAACAUCAAGGCGACCUUCUAUGAGAUCUACUCUGUCUCAUGGGAUAUCAAAUUCAUGGGAGCAAAAAGUGUAUUGCGGAAAGUGCUUCAGCUAAUAUCCCAUGCAGCACAAAUAGCUGGACAGUUUCUUCUCUACACUGGAACGUUUUUGUUGCAGUUGAUGGGUGAAUAUGAUGAAGAUGACAUGUGUACAAGAUCAAGGCGGGAGUAGUGAAAACAGCUGCACCUCUGAUAUCGGAUCCUUUUGCUUAAAGGCAUUCUCUUACCCAGUUUUGAUUGUAAUAAUGUUAUAGUAGGGGGAUGUCCACUAAUGUGAACAUUUUUCCCAUUUGGGAAUGCUUGUAGGCCUUAGUCAUAAAAUAAGUGUUUGAUGUUCACAGACUCUUAACAGCUCAAAAGGUGGGUGCCUAACAUCUGAGAGCUUGGCAGAAGGAGAGAGGGCAGGUUUUUGCCCCAGCAACUCAAAAUGAAGAAUAAGUAUACUUGGUAACUUGCAUGAUUUGUAACCAGUGGAGUAUUUUUUGCACCAAUCAAAACAUGGUUUUGUUGUUUUGUGGUUUUUUUCAUGGCUGUCUACUUGCAUUCUGAACAGACUAGGCUGUAAGGUGGGGGCAAGGGGACUGGUUUUUUUUAAUUUGUUUGUUUGUUUUAAUCCUUAACAGUGCUGGUAUUAGUGUCAAACUGGCAUUGAGGUACAACAAGGUGAAGUGUACUUAUUUACUCCUGCUAACAAUGGAACUACAUAAUACAACUUCAAUUCUAGUUCAGUGACUGACUACUCUCAUGAAAUCUAAUUGGAGAUUGUGCAACUACUAAGCAGAAGCUUAAAAUUUAGCCUUACUUCCCUUAAACAAGUAAAAUAUAAAAACAUUUCAUUGUAGCUCUUAAUAUUUUUCUUCAAAUCUUCAGGAAGUUCAGGUUAUUAUGCCUCAUACCAGUUGAAGAACCUGAUGUAUUUCUUUAAUGAAUGUCAUGUCCAGUUCUGCCUGAGUAUUGAAUAAUCUGCCAUGUUUUCAUAAAUCUGUCUUCUAAGUAACCUGCUGCAGCUUCCUUCAGGGGUUAAACCAUCACUUCUGUAGUUUUCACUGUUCAGUUACAAGAUGACACUACUUCUCAAGAUGUGCUUGUAAGAGAUGCUGCAUAUUUUGAUGCCCUGUGUUCAAGGGAGAGCAGCAGGACACUAUCUAGUCUUGCAUAACAUAAAUGUAUGCUCUAAAGUGAAUAUUUGCGGUAUUAUAGUCUCCCAAGACAAGCUGUAUUAAAGAGCAAAGUAAUGUUUACUGAACUGUUAGUAUGACCAGAUUUUAGCAAGCUUUUCCUCAACAGCGUAAAAAGUCAGAAAAUGAUUAGCCUUAGGCAUCUUGUGUCAAAAUGCAAAGUCACAUUGGUGAAGGCAAAAAGCCCAACUUUCACUGUUUGUAAGUGUGGCUUUUGAGUUUUUUUUGCUUGCUCACGAAAAAUUUUAGUAAGACUAAAAGCUGUUAAGGAAACAGUAAAAAUAGAGGUCUGAUGUGACAGUAGAUUCCACCUAGUAAGAGAAGCUCUGGUGCAGAGAGAACAAGCGUGGAAGGGGAAGAAAGCAGUGGGAGUGAAAGGGACCACUAUGGAGCCCACAGUGCUUGCCAUGCCACUGAGGCAGGAAUCCAUUAACUACGUACAUCAAUUGCAUUGAUCAGUUGGAAGAAAAUCUAAUCUGCUAAAAGAGAAGCAGGAGGAUUGAAAAGAUGAAUCAUCAUGGUUGAUGGGAUCCAUUCUGAUCUGUCAUCUGUUCACUUCAAGUGUCACUAACAUGGGAAUAUUGCUCAACUUCAUAUGCUUAUUUUUGCCUUCCCAUUAUGGAUGUGGCUUAGCCAGAUCUUUCAAAUCACUGCACUUUCAAAUCACUGUUGUGAUGAAAAGCAGCCUAAAUCCAAAUGUUAAAGGGACUGAUGGACACAACUUUGGUAGGCCUCUGCCUGUCUCUUCAGUAAUGGUAGUACAAAUAAGUAGACAGCUAAGAAAAACCUUGGGGUUUUUUCCUGAUUUCUGUUUCCCAUCUACUUUUGAGUGUUUGCUGGAGGAGGAGAGAGGGCAUACUGCUCAGAUAAGAGGAGGACACUCUCCUAGUUUCUCACAGGGAAGAAUUCCUGUAGCUUGCUGCACUGUCAUGUGUCCUUCAAAAGAAAACAGUAAACUAUUCUGGGAGUAAUGAGAAAGAGAUUUUAUUAAAAUGGAAGCUUUAUACUUUAUUGUUCUUAACACCCCCUGCACAGAUGAUUGUUGCCAUGUUAACUGUUGGCUCUCCCUGUCAAGGAAUUGCAUUUAACUGACUUUGCAAGGACUUUGUAAUUAACUUUUUUCAGCUUUUAAGGACCACUUAUUCUAUUAAAACAAACACAUUUCUUGAAAGCAAAUUCUAUGAAAUGCUUCUAAGAAUAUUUAUCUUGCUAAUGGUGGGAGCAACCAACACUAAAAAAA